CGUUGUGUUGUUCGCAAGAAAGAUCAUAAUGAAGUUCUUGAUUGUAUUCGCAACCGUAGUUUUGGCUAUAAAUGCCGCUACUGAUAAGGAACAGUGGUUGGCAUUUAAGGACAACUUUGGACGCGACUACAGGAACCUGAAAGAAGAACAAAAGCGAUACACCGUCUUCCAAAACACCUUGCGCUUGAUCGAGACACACAAUGAGAAGUACGAAAAUGGAGAGUCGAGCUACUACUUGGGAGUCAACAAGUUCGCUGACAGAACUCCUGAAGAAAUCAAGGCCAUGUUGAACUACAGCGCCUCUACCAAACCAGUCCGUGGAGAGCCCAAGGCUUACCACGUGCAUAGUGGCCUGACAGCUCCCUCAGAAGUCAACUGGAUAAACCAGGGAGUCGUCAAUGGGAUAAAGGAUCAAGGAGACUGCGGUUCUUGUUGGGCAUUCAGCACCAUUGGAUGUUUGGAAGGAAUUUACGCAAUCAGAACCGGCACUUUGUACAGCCUCAGCGAACAAAACUUGGUUGACUGCUCCACCAUAAACGAUGGAUGUGAUGGAGGAUGGAUGGAAGCCGGCUUCGAGUACAUCAGAGACAACGGAAUCGAGACAGAGAGCGACUACCCAUACACAGCUCGCGAGGAAACUUGCAAGUUCGACAGAUCCAAGAGUAUUACCAACGUCGGAGGUUUCGUAGCCAUCCCCCAGAGCGAAAGCGACUUGUUGGAUGCCGUUGCAAAUAUUGGUCCCAUCGCCAUAGCCGUCAAUGCUGACCCCAUGGUCUACUAUGCCGGAGGAAUCUUCGACGAAAGUGUUUGCGAUAAGACAAAUUUAGAUCAUGGAGUUGUCGCUGUUGGUUACGGAAGCGAGAACGGAGUCGAUUACUGGUUGGUCAGGAACUCCUGGGGACUCAACUGGGGAGACAGCGGUUACAUCAAGAUCACCCGGAACAGGAACGACCAAUGUGGUGUUGCCGAUGACGCUUCCUACCCAUACUUUUAAUUAUGUCCUUCGUUGACUCCUUUCAGUUGAAAUGUUGAAUAAAUUAUAUAGAUUUUAAAAA